CGUAUCAUAUAUACACAUGGAUACACCGGCCAUGGUCACCUUCACGGCACGGCGGAGCAAGCCUGAGAUGGUGACGCCGGCAAGGCCAACGCCACGGGAGACGAAGACUCUGUCCGACAUGGACGACCACCAUGCCCAUCUGGUGUAUACCCCCCUGGUCGAGUUCUUCCGCUGCCGUGCCGGUGCAAGGGCGCCGGAGGACCCGGCGAAGGCCGUCAAGGCGGCCCUUGCUGAGGCUCUCGUGUGGUACUACCCCAUCGCCGGCCGGCUGCGGGAGGUCACCGGAGGUAAGCUGGUGGUGGAGUGCACGGCGGAGGGUGUGGCGUUCGUGGAGGCCGACGCCGACGUGAGACUAGAGGAAUUCGGCGAGCCGCUGCUGCCGCCGUUCCCGGGCGUGCCCAUGGACGAGCUGCUGUGUGAUGCCGGUGACAUCGCGGUGGUCGUUGCCAAGCCAAUCAUCUUCCUGCAGGUGACACGGUUCAAGUGUGGAGGAUUUGUUAUGGGCUUCCACAUAUGCCACUGCAUUGCGGACGGGUUUGGCAUGAUCCAGUUCAUCAAAGCCAUGGUUGACAUCGCACGAGGCAGCGAUGAACAAGCUCCAAUGGUUCUCCCCGUGUGGGAGAGGGACCUCCUAACAGCCCCACCGUCUACCGUCGUCGACUACCCUAUAUCCAAGUCAGAGAUCAAGAACUCCACCUCCUCCAUCGACGACGACAUCAUGCUCUCCACGCCACAGGAAUCCAUGGUCGGAAACUACUUCCUCUUUGGCCCUAGAGAAAUCUCUGUCCUGCGAAGCCAUAUCAUCAAGGAUGAUCAUGAUCUUGGGAGAACGACGAGCAGGUUUGAGCUGCUCACUGCGGUGAUAUGGCGAUGCCGGACGGUGGCGCUUGGCUACAAGCCUGACCACCGUGUCCACUUCAUCUUCAUCGCAAACGCUCGCAGUCAUCGCGGCGAGGAUUGCCUCCGCAUCCCGGAGGGAUACUACGGCAACGCUCUCACCUACCACAUCGUCGGUGCCACCGUCGACGAGCUGCUCAGGAACUCGCUGGCGCACACGGUCGGGCUGAUACGCGAGGCAAAGCUCAAGACGACGGAGGAGGACGUGAGGUCCACCGUCGAGUUCAUGGCAUCGCAGCGUGGGCAGCGGUUUCUGUCUCUGGGGUUCGACAGGGCGUACGUCGUGUCAGACUUUACGAGGCUCGGUGAGGACAGGCUGGAUUUCGGGUGGGCCGAGCGGAUCGGCGGCGGAGUGGCCAAGCCAUCGUUCGUGAGCUAUCACGGCAGGUGCAAGCUGAGGGGUUCUGAUGGUAUCGACGAAGAAGCUAUUGCUGUGUCGAUGCUGCUGCCGAAGGAAGCCAUGGACAGGUUUGAGAAGGAGUUGGCAGUUUGGUUGAAGUUGAACAAGGGCGACGGUGCUGAGAGCGCGAAAGUAUUCUAAACUCAUAAGGGGAUAUCCCCUCGAGUUUUAAAUCCCCUCCCGAACGAAAGCCUCUAUAGCAAAACCCAAUACCUAUUAUACAUACAUACAUGCAUAUACUCAUA